AUGUCAUCAAAAUGUGAUCAUGAAUAUAAAAGUGAUGGAGAUGAUCAAGAUGAUGAUUAUUAUAAUCAUGAUGGUGAUGGUGAUGGUGAUGUGAUGGUAAUAGUGAUGACGACGAUGAUGAUGAUAACAACUAUUAUUAUUGAGGAAUUUUCACAAGUGUCAAUAAAAGACAUAAACUUUAUUCUAGUGUUAACUACUUGUCCUUCUCCCUUCACUGACCAACAGCAUGCUCAAAUAUUUACCACAGCAAUGAAUAUCAUCUAUGUUAUGAAUAAUAUAAAUACGCAAACUUCACUUUAA